CGUGGGCUCGUUGGGCCGCAGGUCUGUGCGACUCUUAGUCCUGGCACCAGCACGACGAUUCCGUCGUCUCCUCGCUUUCUCGCCGCCGCCGCCGCGUCUAGCCGCUGCGACCAUGUCCGCCGCCGCCGGUGAGGACUCGUCGUCUUCCCGAAAGGGGAAGGAGAAGGAGGAGGACGGCGCCGGCGAGAGCCGCCGGGAGGAGGGGAUUGCGGUGAUGGAGGGAGAAGUGGAUCUGGGAGACCUCUACGGCGCGGCGGCGGGGUGGGUGGAGGCGCGGACCAGCUGCCCGCACCUCGGCACCAUGCCGCCCGCUGGUGCGCCCGACCUCGCGCGCGUGCCCCCGCCCGACUCCCCGUGCUCCAGAUGUCAUCACCCUGCUGAAAACUGGCUAUGCUUGAUCUGCAAAGAUGUGCUGUGCAGUCGUUUUAUCAACAAACAUAUGUUGUGCCAUUAUCAAGAAAAAGGUCAUUGUCUUGCUUUGAGCUUCAGUGAUCUGUCAGUUUGGUGUUUCAGAUGUGACUCAUACCUAGAUGUUCAAGCAAUCUUAGAACUGCGUCCAGUCUAUGAAAUUGCACAUUUGUUGAAGUUUGGGGAACGCCCACCUUUUCGAUCACUUGAAGUACUGGAGUUGAGCUCCAGUGAAAAUAGAAGCUCGUCAUCAGGGGCCUAGUUCUCUAUAUUCUGUUACUGAAUUUCUUUUCAUGGUGCUGCAAUCGGAUUCAGACAGACAGUUGGCAGUUGUCUACUAACCUGGUACUUGUUAAGCAUCGGUGCGAUAUAAUUCAUCUGCCCUGUUACUUUUGGUUACAAGAUUUUAACUACUCAGAGUUUCCUUAGAUAGUUAUUGUGAUGUUGUGGUGGACGUGAAGCAAACGACAGGUGUAAAAGUCUGUACCUUUGAAGAUCAUAAAGGCAUUGUAAUUACUUUGAUAUAGACAUCCAGAAAAGUAUCCAACUUCGAAUAUCUUUGGUUUGGUGACUAAUGUUAUCUUAUCCGCUAAAAAAACAUGAAAGUUUAGUUAUG